UGCCUCUGUCAAAUUGAUAGUUUUCACGACUUUCCGAUUCCGAUUUGAUGAAAAAAAUGAGAAGAAUUCGAGAAAAGUGCUAUAAAUUGACUAUAACAUCGAUAUUUUAAAAGAGACUACACGUGUAUUUUUAUGACUGGCUUUUUACUUUAUACUAACAAUAAGAUAGAUGUACCAAACACUAACCGUGCUAUUGUUGUGUUGUCAUUCAGGGACACGUAAUUCUUAUUAGUUUUGCGAUUAAACACGAAAAAUGGGUCGAUUAGAACUGCUCGUAAUUUGGUUGUGUAUAGCUGUAGUGGCUUGUGAGUUGUUGGGGCCGGAAAACCCUAAAAGUGAUGAGGAAGACCCGAAAGAAAUGCAGGAUGACGAGGAAGAAAUUAUUCGAAGAAUUAACACUGAUGUGGGACAGACAGACUUGGAGUACGCCCGGCACUUGACCGAGGCCGUGAAGAAAGAGAUCGUAUCUCUUAAGGAGUAUGCUGAGGCUUUAAGAAAAAUCAAAGAUCCCAAACAAGAGGAUGAAAACAAAGAAGAUAUCCACCUAGAACAGAUGGAGUACACCCUGAAGCUGUUGAAGAAGAGUCUGCUGCGGCACACUGACCCAAUCUGGAUUGACAACCCCCGGCACCACCAAACUGUGGAGGAGGCCACUAGUGAGGAAAAGGUGGAGGACAAUCCCCAGGACCUAUUGGACACACUGCCCCCAUUGCCAGAAGAAACACAACCAGAGCUGCCGCCUGAGCUGAAGGACGCUAAAAUACUUUUCGAAGCGGCCGAGGCGAAGUUGCGCAGACGCUCGCCGGAUCUCCGCACUGCAGUCUCCCAAAUAAAGACCGCCGCGGACAGCGGUUAUGUGCCGGCUAAGAUCCAGUUGGCUUGGUGCUAUUUGUUUGGCGAGGGCGUCGAGAUGGACGUGGAUAAAGCCAGGGUGAUAUUUGAGGAGUUGGCGGAGGGAGGCAACGCUGAUGCGCAAGCGGGUCUAGGCUUCCUGUACGCGACCGGGACCGGAGUCCCCGUGUCUCAGGCCAAGGCCCUGGUGCACUACUCGCUGGGCGCGCUCGGAGACAGCGAGUUCGCGCAGAUGGCGCUCGCCUACCGCCACUGGGCGGGCGCCACCGUGCCCGCUUCCUGUCCCAAAGCCUUGGACCUCUAUAUGAAGGUCGCUUCUAAGGUGGCAAGUCAAGUGUCCAUCAGUGGAGGCCCAGCUAUACAAAGGACCCGUUUAGUUGACGAAGCCGAGGGCGCUGGUGGAGCCCUAGAUACAGACCUCAUAGAGUACUACCAGCUCUUGGCUGAGAAAGGAGAUGUUCAGGCUCAGGUGGGACUCGGUCAGCUCCACUUCCAGGGCGGACGUGGGGUCACCUUGGACCUCAACAAAGCGUUGCACUACUUCACACAAGCCGCUAAAAGUGGAAACGCCGUGGCGAACGCUUUCCUUGGCAAGAUCUACUUGGAAGGAGGUGAUGAUAUUAAACCAGACAAUGAAACCGCUUUGCGUUACUUCAGAAAAGCGGCCGAGUUGAACAACCCCGUUGGUCAGAGUGGACUAGGCAUCAUGUAUUUACAGGGUCGCGCUGUACCCAAAGAUCCAUCAGCGGCAUUCAAAUACUUCACCCAGGCCGCCAACCAAGGCUGGGUGGAGGGGCAGCUGCACCUGGGCUUCAUGUACUUUGGUGGCAUCGGCGUCCGGCGCGACUUCAAACAGGCCAACAAGUACUUCUCACUGGCAUCGCAAUCUGGACAUGUCCUGGCAUUGUAUCAUCUUGGACAGAUGCAUGCUCAGGGGCUUGGCGUAUUGAGGUCGUGUACCACCGCUGUUGAGUUGUUCAAAAACGUUUGCGAACGCGGUCCGUGGAGUUCCCGUUUGAUGAUGGCGCACGCGGCGUGGAAACGAAGGGAGACGCCCAGCGCAUUGCUGCAGUACCUCGCUUUGGCAGAGAGGGGAUAUGAGGUGGCCCAAUCAAACGCGGCUUACCUCCUGGACGAGGGCCACGUGUCGCCGUACGCGCCCGCGGAGCGCCACGCGCGCGCGCUGCAGCUGUGGGCGCGCGCCGCCGCGCAGGGCUGCAGCGCCGCCAGGGUCAAACUCGGGGACUACCACUACUACGGUCUAGGCACGCCUGAAGACUUGGACUUAGCCGCGCAUCACUACAGAAUAGCAUCGGAACAGUUGCAUAACGCACAGGCGACAUUCAACCUGGGUUACAUGCACGAGCGAGGUCUGGGUCUGGCCCAGGACUUGCAUCUCGCCAAGCGAUGUUACGACUUGGCAGCGGACACCGCUCCCGAGGCGAGGCUGCCCUCGGCCUUAGCGCUGGCGAAGUUGAACGCUCACGCGGCUCUCAACCAGCUGUAUACGUCUGUAUUCGAGAGCCCCCUAGCGGUGAUAUUUCUAACAGGCGAAGGCACGAUAGGGUCCAACUGGGACCUGUACCUCAUCACGGCCCUACUGGGGGCCCUCGGAGUAGUGUUGUACCUGCGGAGGCCCGCCGCCCCACCGCAACAGGCCCCGCCGCCGCGACAGGCCCCACAACCGCAGCCUGAAAACUGAAUGUAGCGAAGAAACGUGGACAAUUCUAUUUUACUACGUCGAUUUAGUGCUGUGUCGAAAUAUAGUUCGGUAUCCGGAAAAAAAUUCGAGAUGAAAAAAAAAGAACUUGUUUGAAUUAAGAAUGUAAAUAUUAGGUACAGAAAAUACUGGCAAACUUGAUUUGUGAAUUUGUUUAAAUAAAGAAUGUCCAUUUGGGCAGGGUUAUGUUUAAAAUUAAAAAAAGAAAUUAAUUUAUUGAAUUACGAAUGCAUACAUUUCGAUUUAUCAUUGAUACAUGUAAGUUGAUUUUUUUUUUGGAAAGGCACUAAUUUAUUAAUUAAUUCAGUCUUUUAAGAACGCAAUGUUACCACAAAAAAUUGCGAUGUGUCAAUGUUUGUCGAUUUUGUCGAAUAGGGUGAUGCUUGCUAGUGAAAUUUUAAUCAAGAAGGACUGAAAUUAAAUGCCAAAUAAGUCUUGUUUCAUGUUCAUUCUUCAUGCGUUUCGAAACUAUUUAUAUCAUUCAAACAAUUAAUGUUUCUAUCUCAUAAAACAAAAAAUACUUUGAAUAACAAAUAACGUUGUGACAGUACCAGUGAGAAAGUUAUUAUUUGAAAUUCAUUUAUAUAUAAGUUUGAUUUGGGUUACCACUGUUGAACUGAAUUUUACUGUAAAAUAAUUAACUUUUAUUAGUGAGAAUAUUUUUUUGUUAUCUAUACACUUCAUUAUAAUCGCACUUUAAUUUUACACUUGAUUGAUCGUGAUUAAGACGUCAAAUAUUGGUCGCCCUAAAUCUUGCUUUUAUAUUGAUGAUUUACAUAGAUUGUUAUGGUUAUCUAUUACGCUGGAUAAAAUGUGAUUGGAUAUGAUGAGCCAUAUUUAAGUUCUGUCUUUUGACCAAUCACCGCAAUAGAACGGACGCCAUCUUUGAUUUUCACCUCGCCCAAUCACCGAUGUUUCGGUUCCCAUUCACAUUUGGCUUCGUUAUUUAAAGUGGUUGUAUAAUUGGGCGUAAUUUUCACAAUUAUUAUGUGUAUAAUAGUCAAUUUGAGUUAAAAAUCAGUAAAAUGUUCCCUGUGCUCAUCUCUGGAGGCUGAUUUCUUAAUCACGCUCUUCUACGUCUACCGAUGGUUACCAAGAGUAAAGCGAUCUGUCAUUCAAAUAAAUCGACCCGAAUAAGAAAACCAUUGGUAAAUGGUAAUGAGAGAUGUAUGUAAAUUGCCUGUGUGUCAUCCUUCAGGACUGAGAUAAUAUAGACUACUACUAUAUAAUCAAUCAAUUCUGACUCAACCAUAAUUCGCCAGACUAUUAUCAAUUAGAGGUAUUGGCUAAUCGAAGAUUUAGUCAAAAAAAUUGAAUGCGCCUAAUUAUUCGACCAUUUGUUAAUUUUUCAUGACUUUCAUACAGGUUUUAUUCACGUAAAUAAUUGUAUUUUCUUAUUUAGAUAUUUAUAAAAUAACUAGAAAUUUCAUUUGAUUGUUUCACAUCACACCAAGAACAGCGUGACUGAACUAAUGCCAGAUAGAUUGCUUUUUGUUUUUGGGUGAUAUUAAUUAAAUAAAAUCUUGUAAAUAAUGAAGAAAUAUAGAUUUUUUAAGUUAUA